GAUUCUUCUGUUUGGUUAAAAUGUUACCAGGAUGAGACAGAUUUCCUCUAUUUGGAGUGGCUUGACAAAAACUAUACUGAUCAAGAGUGGAAAAAAGGCUGACGUCGAUUGCAGAAGAGAAGCCACAGAUGCCUUGGUCAAGGAGGCAACGAAAAACGAUAUGAUAUUGAGAUCUCCAGGUGUUGUUAUUGCACGAGACUCGGACCACCUUACAUCUGUAUUUUCUAAAGGAGGCAAGAAAGGAGUGAAUCAAGACUGCUUCAUUGUGUGGGAGGAGUUUGGUUUCCAAGAAGAUAUAAUCUUUGGUGGGAUUUUUGAUGGACAUGGUCCAUGGGGUCAUCUUGUUUCCAAAAGAGUAAGGAAGUUAAUGCCUUCUUUCCUGUUAUGUAAUUGGCAAGAGACUCUUUCUGAAGCUUUCCUUAAGCUUUCUGGUGCAACACCUGACAAAAGUGACCAAUCUCAUAUAUGGAAGCAAGCUUUCUUUAGAACAUAUUCAGCCAUUGAUCAGGACCUUAAAAGGCAAAAUCGAAUCGAUACAUUCCAUAGUGGCACCACAGCUUUAACAUUUGUUAAGCAGGGGAACCAUAUUGUGAUAGCAAAUAUUGGUGAUUCUCGAGCUGUAUUGGCAACUACUGAUGAUGAGGGCAGUCUGAUGCCUAUCCAACUCACUAUUGACCUUAAACCUAAUUUACCUCAGGAAGCAAGUCGAAUAAGACAAUCAAAGGGAAGAGUAUUCUCAGCUGAAGAUGAACCAGGAGUAUACAGGGUCUGGAUGCCUCCAAAUAAACAAAGAAACGGUUCAAGUGGUCCAGGGCUAGCAAUAUCAAGAGCAUUCGGUGAUUACUUCAUUAAGGACUUUGGUCUCAUCUCUGAACCCGACUUCACCAUGUGGAACAUUAAUACCAGCAAAGACAAAUUUAUUAUUCUAGCAACCGAUGGGGUGUGGGACGUUUUAUCAAACGAAGAAGCAGUGCAGAUUGUGUCAUCAACACCCGAGAAGGAAGAAGCUGCUAAGAGAUUGGUUGAACGGGCUGUAAGUGCAUGGAAACGAAAGAAAAGAGGAUAUGCCAUGGAUGACAUAUCGGCUAUCUGUCUUUUCUUCCAACCCACAAUCGAAAAUAAGAAACAGUCUUGAUGAAAUUCAUCACCUCAUCUCCAAAGGUUAAUUUUUGUAUGAUAUAUAUAUAAAUACACCACUUUUUUUAAUUAUAAACAAGCUAUAAUAGUAUAUAUAUUGUACAUAAAACUUAUUGUUUUUAAUCUUAUGAGUUACAUUUAUCUAUGUGUAUAUUUUCUUUAGUUAUAAAUGAUAUAUAUUCA